UCAUUUGUAUCGUACCGUGUUGCCUGUAUUGGAGAGAAGGCGGAGAGGACGUCUGUCCCAGAGCACUGCAUACCUGAAGGAAAUGGCAAGGUUGCCUUGUGUUCUAGUAUUGGUUGGAUGUAUGUGUCAUUUAGUUGCUGCUUCUAGUGAUACUGACCUAGCUGAAGAAAAGUAUGGAGUAAAAUAUGCCUCAAAAUGUGAAGCAUGCAAGAUAGUAUCAGCAGAAUUAGAGCUUCAGCUUCAGAAGACUGGCAGGUCACAUGAUGUCAUACAGACUGGCUAUCACCUGGAUGCUGAUAAGUCCAAGACAACCACCAAAUACAGGAAAUCAGAGCUGCGGCUGUUGGAGGUUCUUGAGGAUAUCUGCGAGGGCAUCCUGACCUACAACAUCCACAAGGAACGGACGGAUAGCACUCGCUUCGCCAAGGGUCGAAGCCAGACCUUCCAGACACUGCAUAACCUCGUUGACAAAGGUGUGAAGGUGGACCUGGGAAUACCGCACGAACUGUGGGACAAGCCGAGCGCAGAGGUCACUGACCUGAAAAACAAAUGUGACGCACUCAUCGAGGAGUACGAGGAGGUGAUCACCCAGUGGUACCACCAGUACCAGGAGGCGGUGCCGCUGCCCGCGUACCUGUGCUCGCAGCACGUGCUAGCGGCGGGCGAGGACGCCUGCCUACAGGACGGCGAGGCGCCGGCGCCGGCGCCGGAGACGCCUGCACGCGACGAGUUGUGAUGCGCCGCCGGGGACGGCCGGGGUACGGUGCAGCAUUCGGACGCUGUGUCCUGUCAGGGUAGAGCAGAAGCGUCUGAUGGUGAUGUUGUGUACUGUCAUCUGCGAACGUGUUGUCCUUAUCAGUGAUCAUUUGUAGUGUGCAUAUUUACUUAGGUUCAUAUGUGAGCGUCCGCUUCCGUUCAACGGAAGGAUUGAGUGUAGGUAUCGUAUCACAGAUGAAGUAAUUGUUCGAAGUGUCGUCUAAACUUAUUCCUGCACGGGACCAUAGUCCGAACAAUUAUUCCAUCUGUGACCCACCCUUGUGUUGGUGACGCUGGAAGGAGAUCACUGUUAAAAACGAGGCUUGAUGCUUUAUCUCAUGUACACCUUUUUGACCCUUUUUACCAUGCAGACGUGUUUGAAGUAGGCAUUGUUAUCGCCUGAAACGGCGUGAAUGUGUACCGCCAGAAACCAAGUGUAGUAGCGAUAACUGUGUGGCGCGGUCGUGUAAGUGCCUGACGUGUAGACCAGUGAUGGCUUGCGAUGUCAGGAACGCUGGUCGGUGCGGAAUUCUCCACGGCCACCUGCUAUGCCGGACCUAGGAUGCAGCUUCUCUUCCAUGACCGCUCCUGCCAACCAGCCUGUUGACCGAUUGUGGGGUUUUCGGUGCGUCGACUGCUUCAUCUUGCGCCACCCAGCCGGCGAGAAUGCCUGGAUGCCAUAAGUCGAUUGUCACGGCAUCCGCCGUCUUUAGCAGCGGCACAGCGCUCGCCAGCGCCAUCUAUCGCUUACGUUAGCAUCGGCACCGGGCUCAUCAGCGCCAUCUAUUGAGCAUCUUGAGCAUUGUCACUGCGCUCACCAGCGUCAUCUAUCGCGCAUCUUGAGCAAUGUCACUGCGCUCACCAGCGCCAUCUAUCGCGCGCCUUUGGCGGUGAUCUGAACGUCCCCGGGGCCGGAAGUGUCGUGCUGCGGCCAGCGUCGGCACCGAUCCUUUACGAUGGCGACAUUGAUUGCCAAUGGUCGUGGGUCUUAAAAGCAAGCUGGAUGCGACCGGUCGAGAGGUUACAUUGUGGCCGCGACGCGCCGAGGCCAGUGCGGCAGCGUGCGCGAUCGAAAAUAAAUGACAGCAGAGCGA